GUUAGAUCUCCUCCCCCAUGUCGCUGGAGCACCAUCAUAAACAACAGAAAAGAGGGACCCAGGAGUGCCGGGGAGCUCCUCCUCCUUCUCCCGCCUCCCUCCUCCUCCUCCUCCUUUCUGGGUGCUGCUGGGAGUUGUAGUUUGGGCUGAGCAACUAUGGAGAGGACCAUGGCUAGCAGCUCGGUGUUGGGCGAGAUUGGUGAGUGGGAGUUGGGGAGCGGGGUGGGGGCUGAAGGAGGAAGGGGUGGGGGGCUGGAAAUGUUGGGAGGGAGGGGGGCAUGUUUUUGGGGAGCCUGGAUGGGGAGGGGGGAAGCUGGUGCCCCCCCAUCCCCUCUCCAUCAGAAGCAGCUGGGUACCACUGGGACUUCGCCUUCUCAUGUUGCUGGUCCUUUGCGAGCUGGGCACAUAGCUGUCAACUUACAGAUUUAAAAAUAAGGGAACAGCAGCCUUGAAAAUAAGGGACCAGCAGCCAAAAUAAGGGGUUUUAGUCAACCAGUUAAAAGGGACCAGAUAAUUUGGGAGAGCAGCGCCGGUUUUUAGCCCCUCGUUUCCAGAGGCUGCUGCUCAAGACACCAGCCGAUGAAACCCUGCAAUUAAAUAACUACAAGCAGCAACCACUUUUCGCGCAAAACGAAGUCCAAGCUACGAAGAUGCUGCUGCAGUUCUGUAUCUUUUCUCAUGUGCUCCAUCUGCAGCUCUCAGUUCCAUCAGGUGGGGCAGGAGGAAGGGGGGGGGAAUAGCGCCCGAAGUAAACCCGCAGAUCAGACCAUCUAUGCUAGUCUACCACUCCAAAUCUAUGGGAGAAGCGCUUGCGGUCCUUCCUCUGCUUUCCCCCGCUAUGGUUAGCCCUUGGAACACCUGCCCGCGCCUCCGCCUCCUCCUCCUCUCUCUGAACUGCUUUCUCUAUGGUUGCCCUCGCUCUCCUCUCAAGGCUCCUCAGCAAUUCAUAGACCAUGCCAGGCUGCCCAUCUCAUCCGGGUCCUUCGGCGGCGCAGCCACAGUACGGCCUAGCGGGAACAGCGGCAAUGGGCAGAGGGGAGGCCCCAGGCAGAGACGCUCAGUUCGGCAGCCACGAGGAGGAUGGCGGCGGAAGGGCCCGAGGCUCCCACCAGUCCUGGCGGGGAGGGGUUCCCGGGGGCCGAGGCUGGUGAGAGGAAGCCGGGGUGGGGGCCGACCGGGCAGCCAAGCAACCCAGUUGGAGCCUCCCUCCUCCCUGGCCGGCAGGGAGGGAGGGAGAGGAGCUGCUUCCUUUGAAACCCGGGAAAUUUAAGGGACAUCAUCAAUAAGGGACAGCAGCGGGACAUGGCGCUGGGAUAAGGGACUGUCCCGCCAAAUAAGGGACGCUUGACAGCUAUGGCGGGGCAGCUGCAUCAAGUCUGAACUGUCUGGAUGUGCAACUUGGGUGAUUUGAUCGAAGGCUUGAGUUUGCUCAUAUCAUCUGCCUCCUUCCCACAGGGGGCUGCGCCCAACAAGGCUUAAUAACAAACAUCACAAUUCAGAGCCUUAGAAAGUGUGAAAUAUGUGAAAUAAGGUCAAGGGACCCCUGACCAUUAGGUCCAGUCGUGGCCGAUGAAUUUAAAAUUCAUCCCUGGGUUAUUUGUGGGGCAUAGGAGUUCAUUUAAUAUUGUGUUUUCACUUUCAGUAUUGUGGUUUAGUAGCCCAGUAUUAGAAACUCGAAUAUGGAAACUAAAUGGCAUUUUAAACCUAGCCUACAGUCGCCAAAGCCGAAUAUCUAGGUCAUGGGUAGGCAAACUAAGGCCCAGGGCCCGAAUCCGGCCCAAUUGCCUUCUAAAUCUGGGCUGCGGACGGUGUGGGAAUCAGCGUGUUUUUACAUGAGUAGAAUGUGUCCUUUUAUUUAAAAUGCAUCUCUGGGUUAUUUGUGGGGCAUAGGAGUUCAUUCUUCCCCCCCCAAAAAAAUAUAGUCCGGCCCCCCACAAGGUCAGAGGGACAGUGGACCAGCCCCCUACUGAAAAAGUUUGCUGACCCCUGGUCUAGGUGCUAUUUUUUUAAAAAAAUGAGCUUGCUAUUUUAAUUACUAUUAAUUCAUUUCAUUUCUUUAUAUUUUAAAGGCGGUGGGGGGGGGGGAAUCUUAGAGCGGUUUGCAACACAGCAAAUCAUCAAAUAACACAAUCCAGAAUAAAACAAGCUUCGAGGGGAAUAUUUCAGGUCCUUCUCUAAACGACCUUUUGCUUCCCCAUAUUUUUGGCCUACUUAAUUUAUCAAGCUGCCCCAUAGCAGAAAUACUCUAGGAAGCCAGGGUGGUGUCGUGGUUCGAGUGUUGGGCUAGGUUCCUGAAAUUCACUCGGAUUGUGCAGGUAAAAUGUAACGGAUAAAAUUCGACAGGAUGUCUUGCUAGUGUGUGGAAACAGGCAAGGUCCACGGAUCCCCAGGCGUUGCACCUCCAGAUGGUGGAGAAUUCAGGCACCAUCCUGGCACCUAGGCAUCUUCACUUGGUCACAAGUGGCCGAUAAAAAGGUCAAGGGACCCCUGACCAUUAGGUCCAGUUGUGGCCGACUCUGGGGUUGCGGCGCUCAUCUCGCUUUACUGGCCGAGGGAGCCGGCGUACAGUCAUGUGGCCAGCAGGACUAAGCCGCUUCUGGUGAACCAGAGCAGCGCACGGAAACACCGUUUACCUUCCCGCCGGAGUGGUACCUACUUAUCUACUUGCGCUGGUGUGCUUUUGAACUGCUAGAUUGGCAGGAGCAGGGACCGAGCAAUGGGAGCUCACCCCAUUGCGGGGAUUCGAACUGCCGACCUUCUGAUCGGCAAGCCCACAGCGCCACCAGCGUCCAAUAUGUGAAAUAAUAAUAAUAAUAAUAAAUAAUUUUAUUUAUACCCCACCCUCCCCGGCCAGAGUUAGGCUCAGGGCGGCUAACACCAGUAAAAUUACAGUAAAAAACAUAAUGGGGGGGGGGAGACCAAUUUAAAAUACAGGUUAAAAUGCAAUUUAAAACGCAGCCUCAUUUUAAAAGUAGCCCAUAGAUCGAAACCGUAAGGGGAGGGAAACAUAAGGGUCAGACUGAGUCCAAACUAAAGGCCAGGCGGAACAGCUCUGUCUUGCAGGCCCUGCGGAAAGAUGUCAAGUCCCGCAGGGCCCUGGUCUCUUGUGACAGAGCGUUCCACCAAGUCGGGGCCAGUACUAAAAAGGCCAUGGCCCUAGUUGAGACCACCUUGCGAUUUGGGACCUCCAAAAUGUUGUCAUUCGUGGACCUUAAGGUCCUCUGCGGGGCAUACCAGAAAUGUGGAACACGCCAGUAAAUUUAAAAGAUGGCAAAAAGCAACGAUUCGGGAAACGCAGAAGAAAUUCAGUAUCACACACACAAAAUUUUAAGUCCACAAAUGCAAAGCAAUACAGGAGCUAACCAGCAGUCAAAUUUCUGUGACUGGUUUUGCUGCACUCCAAGGAGCCUGGCUUAAAUACAGCUCCGAAGGGACGCCUAUGUUUGCAGCCCAGUUGUCACUGAACCGGUGAAUUAGCUGAGAUUUCAUUUCUCACCGGCUUAGAUCCAAUGAGUUAAAUAUUUUCCCAGCUGACCAUUGCAACAAGCUUAUGAGACAUUAGGUGUCCCACAAGCAGAGAAAUCUAUGCCCAACAACUGUUGUUAAGUUCCGGACUCAGGUUCUAAGAAGCUACAAUGGAAAAUCUUAGUUGCUUAAAGUAACACAAGCAUAGAUCUAGGUGAAGGGUAUUCGAGAAAUCAAACAGUCCUUGAUUUUUAAGCUCCGGAAACCAGUGAUGGGGGACAGGAAGGAAUAGAAAUAUGUCUGUGUGUGUAUGUACAUAUAUUUUUAUGUAUAUUUGUGUGUGUGUGUGCAAUUUCUUUUCCCAUUUAAUAGACGUAUGCUGCCCUUUGGUCAAUACUGUCCGCUGUUGUUGGGAAGAGCUGUCCAGCUCUGCAGAAAUCGCUGGGGCUUCUAAUGAUUCAUUUUAUUCCUGUAUUUAUAUUUUCAAGGAAAACCGUCAAAGAGGUUUGCAGCGCACGAAAACUAAAAAAAGUAAAACGACCCAGAAUAAAACAUUGCAGAAGAAAGUCAGGUAUAGUCUGCCUUCGAAACAAUGUACCGUAUUUUUUGCUCUAUAAGACUCACUUUUUCCCUCCUAAGAAGUAAGGGAAAAUGUUUGUGCGUCUUAUGGAGUGAAUGCAGGCUGCGCAGCUAUCCCAGAAGCCAGAACAGCAAGAGGGAUUGCUGCUUUCACUGCGCAGCGAUCCCUCUUGCUGUUCUGGCUUCUGAGAUUCAGAAUAUUUUUUUCCUUGUUUUCCUCCAAAAAAUAGGUGCGUCUUGUGGUCUGGUGCAUCAUAUAGAGCGAAAAAUACGGUAAUUGACAGGGGAGUCACAGGUUAAAGAUUUCAAAACGUUUUCAAAGGUAGUCAGGCUGCAGAAGGGGCAUUUAACGCAGCAAAAUUCACCCCCGAAAAUUGCCUUGAAAGAAAACGUCACUAAAGGAAGCCAAAUAUGAAAUGCACAAGAGAAUAAAAUAGUUUCGUAAGCACUUGGGCGAAUUAAGCCUAUUGAGCAUAGUGGAGCUUAAGGGUAAAGGGACCCCUGACCAUUAGGUCCAGUCGUGGACGACUCUGGGGUUGCGGCGCUCAUCUCGCUUUACUGGCCGAGGGAGCCGGCGUACAGCCACAGGGUCAUGUGGCCAGCAGGACUAAGCCGCUUCUGGCGAACCAGAGCAGCGCACGGAAACGCUGUUUACCUUCCCGCUGGAGCGGUACCUACUUAUCUACUUGCACUGGUGUGCUUUCGAACUGCUAGGUUGGCAGGAGCAGGGACUGAACAACAGGAGCUCACCCCGUCACGGGGAUUCGAACCGCCGACCUUCUGAUCAGCAAGUCCUAGGCUCUGUUGUUUAACUCACAGCUCCACCCGCGUCCUUACUUCUGAGUAAACGUGCAUAGGUGUGGUUGCUCAAGUGCUUAACUUGGGUGGGAUCGAGGCCUCGGUUUCUCCCAUGCCAGAUAGGCGACCAAAGUUGGGAAACAUUGAAUUUCCCUGUUUAACUUUCUCAUGCCCUUUGCCCUUCCUAGAGUUAAGGGCACCGCAAGAAUCCUCAUGGGGUGAGUCCAGUGGGUGCUGUUAGGGUCAAAGAUUCGUACGCUGCAUCCUUAAAUCACACUUCACUUCUAGGCAAAAUCUAGAGGAAUCCGUUGUUACCGUAAUCAUUUACUGAUUUUUUGCUUUUUUGCGUGUUAAACAUUAGUUUUGCAAUAGCACGUUAUAUAUAACUCACCCAAUAGCUCCAGUGUAAGCCUGUUUAUUUGGGUAUUUGGGUUCACUGACACAGGAAGGAAUCACCUUUUAAGUCUAUGGGCAAUAUGCCCAAGUGUUAAAUGGUCAUUAUUUUAACACAUUUUCAAGAGUUUUCCUACGAUUCCUUUUUAAAAAACAUUUCCGCCAUGUAUCAACGUCCAUAUAUGAGAAAUUAAGAAAUAUACUAAAUCAUCAUUUACAUACCCACCAAAAAUUCUCCAGUGAAAAUAGGGAACACCCUAUUCAAUAAUAAUAAUAAUAAUAAUAAUAAUAAUAAUAAUAAUAAUUUAUUAUUUAUACCCUGCCCAUCUGACUGGGUUGCCCCAGUCACUCUGUGUGGCUUCCAACAUAUAUAUUUUUAAAAUGUGCAAAGGAAGGGAUGAUGUACAAUACUGUACCUUCAACAGAUAAACGGAAGGAAAGAAAAUUGUAGCUGUAAACUACAGAGAAAAAAGCAGAAUAUAAUAAUGAUGAUGGAAAGUGAGAAUAAUCAGGAACAUAGCAGAGAGUAAAUCCUAUUAAACUCAGUGGGACAUAAUUCUGAGUAAAAAUGUUCCUGAUUGCAGUGUAAGGCUGUCCAGCCUUUACCCAGUUACCUGGGAGUAAGCUCCACUGAAUACUGUGGGGAUUACUUCUGAGUAGACAGUGUAAGGCUCCAUUUACAAUAAAGGAAUAAACAUUCCCUGCGUUUCCUAGGAAAUGGCCCGCUGUGGAAGCAUUGCAAUUCAUUUUUUUUAGGUGACAUUUUCCUUCAAAAUUACAGGAAGGCCUUCUUAGUCUGUCAGUUUUGCCAUUUCCUUCAUUUGGUGCACGGAUUUUAUUUUCAGUAGAAACAGGAUUCUGUUUUUGCACCUGCCAAUUUUAAUUGUUCUCCAAGAGGUAGAGGGGAGGAAAAAAAGGAAAGGCAGGAGAUUGCGGGAUCAAAUCAGAAACCGGGAUGGAUUCUGUCAUUCUGGGACCGUUCCUGGAAAAUCCAGACGUUUGCAAGGUAUGGACUGCUGGAUCAUGCCUUGAAUGUGACCCUCUCGUGAUUUCAAAGGACCAAAAUAGGUUUCCUAGAAUCUGGGCAGCCUUGAGCUUCUGCUUUUUCUUGCAACACUUCUUCUCUGCUCCCUUGCUGUUUCAACACCCCGUUCCCAGGAAAUAAUAAUAAUAUAAUAAUAAUUUAUUAUUAAUACCCCACCCAUCUGGCUGGGUUUCCCCAGCCACUCUGGGCAGCUUCCAAUCGAAUAUUAAAAACAAUACAGCGUCAUACAUUAAAAACUUCCCUAAACAGGGCCGCCUUCACUUGUCUUUUAAAAGUAAAAUACUUGCUUAUUGCCUUGACAUCUGGCGGGAGGGCGUUCCACAGGGCAGGCGCCACCACCGAGAAGGCCCUCUGCCUGGUUCCCUGUAACUUGGCUUCUCGCAGUGAGGGAACCACCAGAAGGCCCUCAGCGCUGGACCUCAGUGUCCGCGUAGAACGAUGGGAGUGGAGACGCUCCUUCAGGUAUACAGGACUGAGGCCAUUUAGGGCUAUAAAGGUCAGCACCAACACUUUGAAUUGUGCUCGGAAAUGGACUGGGAGCCAAUGCAGAUCUCUCAGGACCAGUGUUAUGUGGUCUUGGCAGCCGCUCCCAGUCACCAGUCUAGCUGCCACAUUCUGGAUUAGUUGUAGUUUCCAGGUCACCUUCAAAGGUAGCCCCACAUAAAGCACAUUGCAGUAGUCCAAGUGGGAGAUAACCAGAGCAUGCACCACUCUGGCGAGACAGUCUGCGGGCAGGGAGGGUCUCAUCCUGCGUACCAGAUGGAGCUGGUAGACAGCUGCCCUGGACACAGAAUUGACCUGCGCCUCCAUGGACAGCUGUGAGUUCAGAAUGACUCCCAGGCUGCACACCUGGUCCUUCAGGGGCAGAGUUUCCCCAUUCAGGACCAGGGAGUCCUCCACACCUGCCCGCCUCCUGUCCCCCCAAAACAGGACUCCUGUCUUGUCAGGAUACAACCUCAAUCUGUUAGCCGCCAUCCAUCCUCCAACCGCCUCCAGACACUCACACAGGACCUUCACUGCCUGUAAUAUACCAUCUAUACAUCAUUUUCAUCAUAUUCCCUUUCAAAGCAUUACAGGCUGUACAUUUUAUUCUUUCUUUCCACAACCUUGCCUCUGCAGGGUUUUGGGUGGACAGGACGCCGGUUCACGAGGCGGCCAGGAGAGGGGAGAUCCUCCAGCUGCAGGAACUCAUUGCCAACGGCGCCUGCGUCAACCUCGUCACGUACGAUUCCAUCACGCCGUUGCACGAAGCCAGCUUGCGCGGACAGACGCAGUGCGUGCAAAUGCUCCUAGCUGCGGGAGCCCAGGUUUGUAGCUCAGAGAACCCCACCAGAUGCUUUCAUUACCCAGUGGGACGCGGGUGGCGCUGUGGGUUAAACCAAAGAGCCUAGGACUUGCUGAUCAGAAGGUCGGCGGUUCGAAUCCCCGCGACGGGGUGAGCUCCCGUUGCUCGGUCCCAGCUCCUGCCAACCUAGCAGUUCGAAAGCACGUCAAAGAGCAAGUAGAUAAAUAGGUACCGCUCUGGCGGGAAGGUAAACGGCGUUUCCGUGCACUGCUCUGGUUCGCCAGAAGCGGCUUAGUCAUGCUGGCCACAUGACCCAGAAGCUGUACGCUGGCUCCCUCGGCCAGUAAAGCGAGAUGAGCACCACAACCCCAGAGUCGGUCACGACUGGACCUAAUGGUCAGGGGUCUCUUUACCUUUUUUACCUUGGUUCUAAAAUUUAAUCCAUUCCGGGAGUCUAUUCCAAAACCAAAGCGUUCCAAAACCAAGGCCCUCUUUCCCAUAGAAAGUCAUGCAAAGCGGAUUAAUCCAUUCCAGACUUUUAAUAAACAACCCCUAAAGCAGCAAUAUAACACAAAUUUUACUAUCUAACAAGACCAUUGAUCCAUAAAAUGAAAGCAAUAAUCCAUGUGCCGUACUAUAAAAUAAAUAAGACAGCAUUGUAGAUGAUAAAAAUUAAAAUUAUUAUUUUUUCUUACCUGCACUGAUGAUAGUCAUUGUUUGGAUGGGGGGCUUUUAUCCAUUUCCGCAGUUACACAAUCAAUCAAUCAGUAGCUGAACUGGGUUCCACACGGUCACAAAAACAAAUUCACCAAAAAAGCCUCAAAAACAAUGCAAAAUAAAUAGCAAAAACAAAAGCGCCAAUCUUAAUCCGUUCCAGAAGUCCGUUUGACUUCUGAAAUGUUCGAAAACCUUACUUCCAGGUUUUCGGCGUUUGAGAACCAAGGUGUUUGAGAACCAAAGUACCACUGUACACCUUUGGGCAUCAGGCAAAAAUGGGGGGUUAUUGGGUCAUAUUUGUUCUUAUUUUUUAUUAUUAGCUUUUCAUAUUGUAAUUUUAUAUUUAGAACCAUCCUGGGAACUACGGAUGUAGGGCAAUAUAAAUUUUUAAAAUCAUCAUCAUCAUAACACAGUGGUACCUCUGGUUGCGAACAGGAUCCGUUCCGGAGGCCCGUUCGCAACAUGAAAAGAGCGCAACCUGCAGCGGCGCAUCUGCACAUGCACAGGUUGCGAUUCGCCGCUUCUGCGCAUGAGCGUGAUGUCAUUUUGCACUUCUACGCAUGCGUGAGCGGCGAAACCACGGUACUUCCGUGUCGCCACGGGACGUAACCUGAAAGAACGUAGCAUGAAGUGAACCUAACAUGAGGUAUGACUGUACUGUAUUGGCCUGAAUAUCCGAUUUUUUAAAAACAUAAAUCAUUGAUUUUUAUCCACCCUGGUUGUGGGUUCGAGCCUCGCGUUGGGCCAAAAAGAUUCCUGCAUCGCAGGGGGUUGGGCUAGAUGACCAUUGGGGUUCCCCUUCCAACUCGACCAUUCUGUGAUUUUUGCUACAAUCUCACAGGUGGACGCCCGGAACAUAGACGGCAGCACCCCUCUGUGCGAUGCCUGCGCCUCUGGGAGCAUCGACUGCGUGAAAGUGUUGCUCUCGCAUGGGGCCAAAGUCAACCCUCCGCUCUACACGGCCUCCCCGCUCCACGAGGCCUGCAUGAAUGGUAAGCAGGUCUGGACAGAGUGUAUUGACUUAUGGUCUGUGUGUGUGGUUUGGGAGUUGCACGGUUAGGGAAAAAACCAAUACUGUCCAGGGUUGCAAAGACUGCAGAGAGAAUAACUGGGUGCACUCUUCCCACCUUGGAUCAAAUCUAUGCUUCCAGGUGCCAUAAGAAAGCGGCAGAGAUAGCGCAGGAUAGUGCUCACCCCGGAAAUGAUCUCGUUCAGCUUCUGCCUUCUGGAAGAAGGUACAAGGUUAUAAAGACUAGGACUAGCCGCCUGAGAAACAGUUUCUAUCCAAAUGCGAUUUUGGUUUUAAACACAGUGUAAGGACGCGGGUGGCGCUGUGGGUUAAACCACAGAGCCUAGGGCUUGCUGAUCGGAAGGUCGGCGGUUCGAAUCCCUGCGACGGGGUGAGCUCUUGUUGCUCGGUCCCUGCUCCUGCCCACCUAGCAGUUCGAAAGCAUGUCAAAGUGCAAGUAGAUAAAUAGGUACCACUCCAGCGGGAAGGUAAACGGCGUUUCCGUGCACUGGUCUGGUUCGCCAGAAGUCAUGCUGGCCACAUGACCCGGAAGCUGUGUGUGGACUAGACUUCUAUGAUUCUCCACCUUGUUCCUGACAACCUUCGAAGUUCUCCAUUGAGUUGCCGUCCUCUGUUCUUUUCUUUAAAGGCAGCGCUGAGUGCGUGCGUCUCCUUAUUGAUGUCGGUGCCAACCUGGAAGCUCACGAUUGUCACUUCGGGACCCCUUUGCACGUGGCGUGCGCUAGAGAGCAUCUGGACUGCGUGAAGAUACUGCUCAACGCAGGUGUGGGGGGGGGAUGUGGGCCAGCCCCCACUUCACCAUUCUUUUUGCUUGUUUUUUUUAAAUCAUUUUUAUUAGUUUUCAAAUAAGAACAUCCAAUUAAUCUAUCCAAUCAUAAUAAUCCAGUUAAAAUAAAAAAACUAAAAUUAAAAAGACCAAAUUAUCAUUAUUAAUUUUUCGGAGCUCCCCACAGUCUGGACCUCUGAAGCAUAUCUCCACAUCUCAGUCCUGCCUUUUCUCGUUGUUUCCAUAUUUUCCACAUCUUGAUUUUAACGCUUUCACUUUUUAUUCUUUUUAUUUUUUAUUUUUUAUUGGUUUUCCAAAUUUCUUACAAACAUAAACAACCAAAAAGAAAAAAAACAUUACUAUAUAAAAACAAACAUACAAAGAUUUAUCCUAUUAUAAUAUUUUUAUUACCAUUGUUAAAUGACUUCCUUGAAUCCCUCUGGCUGUGUUUCCAUAUACCGUAUUUUUUGCUCUAUAAGACUUACUUUUUCCUUCCUAAAAAGUAAGGGGAAAUGUGUGUACGUCUUAUCGAGCGAAUGCAGGCUGCGCAGCUAUCCCAGAAGCCAGAACAGCAAGAGGGAUUGCUGCUUUCACUGCGCAGUGAUCCCUCUUGCUGUUCUGGCUUCUGAGAUUCUGAAUAUUUUCUUUCUUGUUUUCCUCCUCCAAAAACUAGGUGUGUCUUGUGGUCUGGUACGUCUUAUAGAGCGAAAAAUACGGUAACUCAUUGUAGCAGUUUUCCAAUACGAAUUUCCAAUCAAUUUAACAUCUUUCUUACCCUAUUCACUCGUAUCCAUGGUAUUAUUAAAUUUAAAACAUUUAACUCCUAAGCCAAUAUGGUACUCACAAAUGACUCUACUUAUGUUAUCCUAGAAUAUUUUGCUAAAUAGUCCUUAAAUUUCUUCCAUUCUUCUUGGUAGUCCUCCUUCUCCUGUUCGUGGAUUCUACCGGUUAGGUAGGACAGCUCCAGAAAAUCCAUCAUCUUCAUUUGCCAUUCCUCCACUGUUGGCAUUUCUUGUAAUUCACUUCGCCAUUCUUUUUUGAAUGUUUUACAAUCCAAAGCCUGUGCCCCUUUUUUCUCUGUAGACCAGAGUUUCCCAAACUUGGGUCUCCAGCUGUUUUUGGAUUACAACUCCCAUCAUCCCUGACCACUGGCCCUGCUAGCUUAGGGAUGAUGGGAGUUGUAGUCCCAAAAUAUCUGGGGACCCACAGGUUGAGAACCGCUGCUUUAAGAAUGGCAGAUGAAGGUGAUUGACUAUAUGGAACUGGUGGAAAUGACCGGCAGAAUCCGGGACCAGGGAGAAGAGUCGGUGGAAGAAGAUUGGAAGAAAUUUAAAGACUAUUUACAGAAAUAUUGUAAAAUUAAUGAAUGUUAGAAUGAUGUUGGAUAGAAAUUAAGUGGUUUUUAGCUGCAAUACUAUAAGGGAAUAUGAAAAAUGGAUUACUAACAGGUAAAAAUUUAAUGUUACAAUAUUUUAAGAUUAAAGAUUAGGAUAAACAAAGAGGGGAAGGAUUUGCUGAACCAACAAACUGAACUGGAAUACAAAAAAGGGAGGCGUGAGGAGGUCCGGGAAACAAACUAAUGAAAAAUAAGUAAUGGAAAGAUUGAGUUGUUUUUAACUAUUUUUAUUUUGUAUUUUUCUUUUUUCUAUUUUUAUUUUGUAAUAUCUUGAAAAUCUUAAUAAAUAUCUUAUAUAAAAAAAAAAGAGAACCGCUGCUUUAGGCAAAGGUUCGAGUUCUGCGCGGAGGCCGCGAGCAACUCUUCCUCCAACCUGACCGCUUUGUCGUCGCCAGGGGCCAACGUCAACGCGGCCAAGCUGCACGAGACGGCCCUCCACCACGCCGCCAAGGUGAAGAACGCCGAUCUGGUGGAGAUGCUGGUGGAGUUUGGGGGGAACGUUUACGCCAGGGACAACCGGGAAAGAAGCCUUCCGACUACGCCUGGAGGAGCAGCCAGGCCGCCAAGUGCUGUGAGCCUUUCGACAGUGAGUGGGGUCUGGUCGCUGCCCCCUGCUGGCGGGUUGCGGCACCUUUGUCAUCUUUCAUUGACGAUGCCUUCCUAGGUUGUGUGCCCCAUGCGGCUGCUUCUUGAAGACAGUCAUAAGGGAUGUGGGUGGCGCUGUGGGUUAAACCACAGAGCCUAGGACUUGCCGAUCAGAAGGUCAGCGGUUCGAAUCCCCGCGACGGGGUGAGCUCCCGUUGCUCGGUCCCUGCUCCUGCCAACCUAGCAGGUCGAAAGCACCUCAAAGUGCAAGUAGAUAAAUAGGUACCGCUCCAGCGGGAAGGUAAACGGUGUUUCCGUGCGCUGCUGUGGUUCGCCAGAAGUGGCUUAGUCAUGCUGGCCACAUGACCUGGAAGCUGUAUGCCAGCUCCCUCGGCCAGUAAAGCGAGAUGAGCGCCGCAAGAUGAGUUGUCCGCAACUGGACCUAACAGUCAGGGGUGCUUUAAUAUAGUCAUACCUCAGGUUACAGCCGCUUCAGGUUGCAUUUUUUCAGGUUACCCAGAAGUACCAGAACGGGUUACUUCUGGUUUUUGGUGGUUGCGCAUGCGCAGAAACGCUAAAUCGCUCUUUGCGCAUGCGCAGAAACGCUGAAUCACAACCUGCAUGUGCACAGACGCGGCGCUGUGGGUUGCGGACGCUGCGGGUUGCGAACAUGCCUCCCGCACGGAUCACGUUCGCAACCCGAUGCGUCCACUGUGUAUCUGAAUUUUGUCUUGCGGUUCUCCAGCCAAACAACUUUUUCAAAAUAUGCAUGCGUUCGGUGGGGGGGCGGGAGUGCAUAAAAAGUACAAAAAAGGAGGAAUUGCUUGCAGGAAUCUAUGCAUUAGUCAAAGCUGCAGUCGAAAAUGAGUUUCUUGCGAGAGAUUUGCACUAAAAUGCGGAAUGAUUUCCGUCAGGUUUAUUUCUGCUUUAAAAAAAUCGCAAAUUGCUGCAGAAAUAUGGAGAGUGGAAUUUAAGAGUGGAAGAAUUAGGAGAGAAUUUAGAAUUGACUGAUCUUUCCGUCCUUAUUUGUCCCAAUGGGUUUGUAGAGCUCAGAAGUGACGAUUACGAUUUCUUCCCUCAUUCCCUCUCCAGAAACGCCUCUGAGUUUGUCCCAGCUCUGCCGACUCAGCCUGAGACGCGCCGUCGGUCAGCCAGCCUUGGAGAAGAUCGCCCAGCUUCACAUCCCUGCCAGAUUAAUCAGAUUCCUCUCCUACCAGUGAUAAUUAGCGCAGAGGAGCCGCUGGAGGACAGCGCCGAGUGAAUCUCGCGCGAGGAAGCUCUGGCGGCCCUGCUAAUCUCAGACAAAAAAAACGAAAGAAAAUGGCUUUAACGGGUGUAAAUACUAUUUAUGAGACUUCUGUAGUUUAAAGUCUGACGCAUUGUCCGGCUGUUCCCCUAACAAUGGUUUGUGUUGAGUUGCUUUUUUUUUUCCUGAGCACGCAAGAUAUUUUGCACAACCGCCAGUCAUCCCUGCAGCAAAUUUGCCCGGCGUUGUUAUCACAAGGCUCCAAUUGCGGGUGCGAGUGGAGAGGAUGCCAUCCUUGCUUCACAAUGGGUGCUAAUUUUGAAGCAGAGUUCAUUUUCGUGGGUCAAAAACAGGGAUUGUUGCAACCCUCCAGACGUUGAUGGACUCUCAAAUCCCAGCGUCAAGGAUGUUGCGGAGGGAAGGCUCUCCUGGCACCAUCAUUUCCAAUAAUAAUAAUAAUAAUAAUAAUAAUAAUAAUUUAUUAUUUGUACCCUGCCCAUCUGGCUGGGUUUCCCCAGCCACUCUGGGCGGCUUCCAACAAAGAUUAAAAAUACAUUAAAAUGCCACACAUUAAAAACUUCCCUGAACAGGGCUGCCUUCAGAUGUCUUCUAAAUGUCAGGUUGUUGUUUAUUUCCUUGACAUCUGGUGGUAGGGCAUUCCACAGGGCGGGUGCCACCACCGAGAAGGCCCUCUUCCUGGUUCCCUGUAACUUGGCUUCUCACGGGGAGGGAACCGCCAGAAGGCCCUUGGCGCUGGACCUCAGUGUCUGGGCUGAUUGAUGCGGGGGGAGACACUCCUUCAGGUAUACUGGACUGAAGCCAUUUAGGGCUUCCAAGGUCAGCACCAUGCACUUGUUUGGGUCCUCCCCUCUGGAGCAGCUGAAUAACAACAACAACAACAACAAAUUAUUAUUUAUACCCUGCCCAUCUGGCUGGGCUUCCCCAGCCACUCUGGGCGGUUCCCAACAGAAUAUUAAAAACAUGAUAAAACAUCAAACAUUGAAAGCUUCCGUAAGCAGGGCUGCCUUCAGAUGUCUUCUAAAAGUCAGUCGUUUAUUUCCUUGACAUCUGGUGGGAGGGCGUUCCACAGGGCGGGUGCCACUACCGAGAAGGCCCUCUGCCUGGUUCCCUGAACCUCACUUCUCGCAGGGAGGGAACUGCCAGAAGGCCCUCAGUGCUGGAUCUCAGUGUCCGGGCUGAACGAUGGGGGUGGAGACGCUCCUUCAGGUAUACUGGGCUGAGGCCAUUUAGGGCUUUAAAGGUCAGCAACAUCACUUUGAAUUGUGGUCCGAAACGUACUGGGAGCCAAUGCAGAUCUCUCAGGACCGGUGUUAUGUGGUCUCGGCGGCCGCUCCCAGUCACCAGUCUAGCUGCCUCAUUCUGGAUUAGUUGCAGUUUCCAGGUCACCUUCCAAGAUAGCCCCACAUAGAGCGCAUUGCAGUAGUCCAAGCUGAAAACAAGCUCGUUCCAUCUUCUGUAUAACAUCCCUUCUGAUAUCUGAAGAUGGCUAUCAUAUCUCUUCCCAGUCUCCUCUUUUCCAGGCCAAACAUACCCAACUCCCUUGACCAUUCCUCAUCAGGCUCAGUUUCCAGACCCUUGGUCACCUUCCCCUCUGCACACCUUCCAGCUUGUCAAUAUCCUUAAACUAAGGUGCCCAGAACUGGACACAGUAUUGCAGGCAGGGUUUGAUCAAGGCAGAUUUAUUUGGUACUCUGAUUUCCCGUGAUCUGGGCACUGACUUUUGUUUUCUUUCAUUCUGGCUUUAAUGUUUGCAUUCACACAUUUACCUAUUGCGAGUUGCUUUGAGUUACCUUGGUAAAAAACAAAAAGCGACUGAUAAAUUUAAUAAAUAAUAGUUUGCAGAAAUGGCAAAACAUUAGAACCAAGUAGAACAACCAGGUAAAAACCUAGAAGCACAACUGUGAAGAUAAAAUAUAGGUCUGACAGAUCCUGCACCGCCACAAAUACUUGAAACUUUUCCAGUUCACGCCCCAAAGCCCAGGUUUAAAAAUAAGGUGUGUAAUGAUGGAGCCAGGUGAGACCUCCCUGGGGAGAGCAUUUCACAAAUGGGGAGCCACCACAGAAAAGGCCCUGUUUUGUUGUUGUGUGAUGGCUGCUGGUCUCAGACUUGUCCCCUGAAGAUGGGCAUUCUUCAGAGACAACCCAGUCGUAGGAGACAAGGAGUCUAUCCUUUGGCGACUACCUCUUCAAUGGAUUCUGUGGAUGGCCUCCAUCUUACGAGGCACAAAUAAACCUCAGUUCUUCUAAUAAUGCAGCCGGCGUCUCGGGUUUAUGUUCGCUCUGCGCAAUGUCUCUCCUCCUGUGGACGUUUUCUUUGGUCUGACCUGAAUCUAUACAUUGAGCCAAGAGUGGGGAACCGUCGCUCAGCCUGAGGGCCAUGUUUCUUGCUGGGCCAUCUUCUAAGGGCCACACGCCAAUCGCAGGCAGGUGGGACUUGAGGUAAAAGUGGGUGGGGCAAUGGAU